AUGGCUUUAACGCUACAGGGUGCUUGGAACAGUUAUUACCUUAAAGUUUGCAACAUUGGUCAAGGGGUGUAUGGUGCUGAGUACAGUGUUGUCGAUGAAAGUGCAGGAAAGCAGGUUGCAGUCAAAAAAAUCCAGAUGAAUUCAGCCGGUGUAUCAUCUUCACUGAUACGAGAAAUCACGCUGCUUAAAUUUCUACAACAUCCAAACAUCGUUACCCUUGAAGACGUAAUAAUAGGCGACGAUCAAUUAUAUCUGGUAUUUGAAUUUUUUAAUAUGAAUCUGAAAACUUACAUCUGCAAAAUUCCUGAUGACAACUGGAUGGAUAGAGCUGCGCAAAAGUUGUAUUUGUACCAGAUUCUCCAAGCUAUCUGUUACUGUCACCAGAAGAACAUUCUGCAUUGUGAUUUAAGGCCUGAGAAUUUGCUUCUUAACCAGAACGGCCUCCUUAAGCUUGCUGAGUUCCGUUUUGGUGAAGCAGCAGUUAACACGACAGAGAUGCAUUGUGCGCAGGAGGAUUCUACUCAGUUUUAUAAAGCUCCGGAAUUACUGUUUGGUUGGACCCGUUACACAUCGGCAGUAGACAUAUGGAGCAUCGGAUGCAUUACUGCUGAAAUGGCUAUGAAGGAAACCCUAUUUCCUCUGGGUGAUUCGAAUAUUGAUCAAAUUUUUCGUAUUUUCAGUGUGCUGUCGACUCCGUGUGAAGAAAUAUUGCAUGUUUUUACGAAUGUGCCGAACUGUUCGAAAACAUUCCCUAACUGGAAAAAUAACCAUCUUCAUGAAAUUCUUAAUGGCUUUAUGGAUGCUAAUGGCAUUAUGAUCGUGCAGAAAAUGCUUACUUAUGAGCCGGAGAAACGAAUCUCUGCAGAGGUGCUCUUGAAAGAUUCAUACUUUGCUGAUAUUGAUCGAACGAAGCUUCCAAUUAGCGAUUAUUGA